GCGCCGAACCACAGCGGUAUCUGAUGCGAUGUCUUUGUCUCUGGAUCUCUUUGGUCUUCGUGCUCGCACACAUACGCACGACACUCAACAGAAGCAUCCAAGCUCUCACAGUCCAGGGGGCGGUAUCUGAGCCUGGCCGAGCGCACCCGUAUAUCUGCGCCCUGGUUCACAGGACCGUGAAGCCCGCCUUUCCUCCAUCCUGCCUUUGCUACCGAGAGGCAUCCUUUGAGUCCUGCUCUUUCCAAGCCUCCAUAUAAAAAGAGAAAGAGAGAAAGGAAAAAAGCGAACUGGCAGCCUUUCGCCUCCACUCUGUGCGCAUCAGGAGAGCAGUUGGUGGUGAGCUACCCGCUUCCAUCGUGGCAUCCCUGGACGGCAGAAACGGCUUAGGUGGUCCUGUCCGGGGCUGAACGUCUUUAAAAGUGAUCCAAGACGUUCACUCCUGUCACCAAGAUGGACUUACGACGAGAUUUAAGAGCGCAUAAUAGAUGGCAGGGAGACAGACAGCCCGCCCGGCUCCGCUAAAGACCGGCAACUGUCUAUGGCUAUCCGGACUUCAAACCAGAAGUUCUGGGUCCGAAAAGCUUGGGGACUCUGGAGGGAUUGUCUGGGGAUGGAGGACCUCAAUAACCAGCCCACACUGAACUCCUCCCUCCUUGCAGUGGCGACGACGUGGGACGGGCCAGGGAGCCCGCUAGCACCUCCUCCAGAAAUGCAGCACUUGGGGGGCUCCCCACCCACACCUCCCCGUGCUCCUUCCCACCGCCUUCCCAAAGGUGCCUCUUUCCAGUCCCUAUCACACUUCCGAAAUCUUCCGUGGCCCCUUUCCAUCCUCCCAGCCCCCACCUCACGCCCCCCGGCUUGGGCAGUAUCUCCUUUCCGCCCUCCGCCCACGCACCGCCUGACUCCGAGGGGGUGCGAGCGCAUUAGGCUGCGCCCGCGUGGGGGCGCCGCGCCAGCCUAGCGUAGCUGCUCUGACGCCGCCGUCGCCGCCGCCCUCCGCAGCCCGGCAGGCACCCGCGCCAGCUCUGCAGAGCACUCGUCACCUCUCGGGCCGGUCCCACCGAGAGCCAGCCUAUCACUCCCGGAGCCAGCCUCGAACGCAGGGCGCGAGGGUCAUGAGCCAGAGCGCCCCGGGGUGCCGCGCCAAGAGCCAGCGGAGAUAGCGGCCCUCGCUGCCUUAACACGCGCUCGCCGCGUCCCCAGACCCUUCUGUCCUUUCCUCCUGCCCCAUCGCCACCAUGGCUACCCUGCUCCGCAGCAAGCUGACCAAUGUGGCCACGUCCGUGUCCAACAAGUCCCAGGCCAAGGUGAGCGGCAUGUUUGCCAGGAUGGGGUUUCAGGCGGCUACGGAUGAGGAGGCGGUGGGCUUCGCGCACUGCGACGACCUCGACUUUGAGCAUCGCCAAGGCCUGCAGAUGGACAUCCUGAAAUCAGAAGGCGAGCCCUGCGGAGAGGAGGGCGCCGAGCCGCCCGUCGAAGGAGACAUCCAUUACCAGCGCGGCGGCGCUCCUCUGCCACCGUCUGGCUCCAAGGACCAAGCCGUGGGAGCUGGUGGCGAGUUCGGGGGUCAUGACAAGCCUAAGAUCACGGCGUGGGAGGCGGGCUGGAACGUGACAAACGCCAUUCAGGGCAUGUUUGUGCUGGGCCUACCCUACGCCAUCCUCCACGGCGGCUACCUGGGGUUGUUCCUCAUCAUCUUCGCCGCAGUGGUGUGUUGCUACACCGGCAAGAUCCUCAUUGCAUGCUUGUACGAGGAGAACGAAGACGGCGAGGUGGUGCGCGUGCGGGACUCUUAUGUGGCCAUAGCCAACGCGUGCUGUGCUCCCCGUUUCCCCACGCUGGGUGGCCGCGUGGUUAAUGUGGCCCAGAUCAUCGAGCUGGUGAUGACGUGCAUCUUGUACGUGGUGGUGAGCGGCAACCUCAUGUACAAUAGCUUCCCGGGGCUGCCAGUGUCUCAGAAGUCCUGGUCUAUCAUCGCUACGGCCGUGCUGCUGCCCUGCGCCUUCCUGAAGAACCUCAAGGCCGUCUCCAAGUUCAGUCUGCUGUGCACGCUGGCCCACUUCGUCAUCAACAUCCUGGUCAUCGCUUACUGCCUCUCGCGAGCGCGUGACUGGGCCUGGGAGAAGGUGAAGUUCUACAUCGACGUCAAGAAAUUUCCCAUCUCCAUCGGCAUCAUCGUUUUCAGCUACACGUCGCAGAUCUUCCUGCCCUCCCUCGAAGGUAACAUGCAGCAGCCCAGCGAAUUCCACUGCAUGAUGAACUGGACGCACAUCGCCGCCUGCGUGCUCAAGGGUCUCUUCGCGCUCGUCGCCUACCUCACCUGGGCUGACGAAACCAAGGAGGUCAUCACCGAUAACCUGCCCGGUUCCAUCCGCGCCGUGGUUAAUCUCUUCCUGGUGGCCAAGGCGCUGCUGUCCUACCCGUUGCCCUUCUUCGCGGCCGUCGAAGUGCUGGAGAAGUCUCUCUUCCAGGAAGGCAGCCGUGCCUUCUUCCCCGCCUGCUACGGAGGCGACGGUCGCCUCAAGUCGUGGGGGCUGACGCUGCGCUGUGCGCUGGUGGUCUUCACGUUGCUUAUGGCCAUCUACGUGCCGCACUUCGCGCUGCUCAUGGGCCUCACCGGCAGUCUCACGGGCGCCGGCCUGUGCUUCCUGCUGCCCAGCCUCUUCCACCUGCGCCUGCUCUGGCGCAAGCUACUGUGGCACCAGGUCUUCUUCGAUGUGGCCAUCUUCGUCAUAGGCGGCAUCUGCAGCGUGUCCGGCUUCGUGCACUCACUCGAGGGCCUCAUCGAGGCCUACCGAACCAACGCAGAGGACUAGCGGGCGGGGCCCCUGCCUCCAGAUCCCACCCCGCCUAUCCCCAUUACCACCCCCUAUUCCUCCCCCCACACCCCAGCCCCGUGCGCCACCGCACUAGGGAGGCCGAGCUUUAAACAUCUCUGGUUCCUAGUUGCUGAUUAUUCAACGGGGGACGGGGUGGGGGAGGGAGGGGAUAGACAUCCAAGGUCCACUGCGUCUGCGUUUCUGUCGUCCUUUCUAUUCCACACCGCCCUGAUUUGCGGGGAGGGAGAGUAUAUUUGUGGAGAAUGUUUUCUGUCCUUCCUGGAGCCUCCCCCGCCCCGACUUUGGCUCCAGUCACCGGUAGGGGUGGGAAGGGAGGGGAAAAGGGGCUCACGCAGCUCGCAGGCUCAGAAACUUGACCUUGGGGAUGGGGUGGGGGACAUUUCACAGCCAUCCAGUGCUUGGAAUCUACAGCGUCCAGCCAUUUCCAGCAAGAGCGCUCCCCAUGCCCUAGACAUUUCAACUUUGCGGCUAGAAAGGCUGGUGGGGAAAUCCAUUUCGGGCGGGCGACUUCCUUCUGGAGAAGCCGCGGCAGGAGCCUGUUUGCCUGCCGGUUUUCAGGAACCCAAACUCAUCUUGUGCAAUGUGUCCGGUUGUGGAACUGUAUACUGUGCGUGUGGUGUGCUCGUGGUGAAUAAGAUGAAAUGUAUAUCAGAAAAAAAAUCUAUCUCUAAUUUAAAGUGCGGUGCAUAAUAAUUAUAUCCGCAAAUAAAGAAGAAACAAAGGCGUU